CUUCCCGAGGUGCUGGGACGCUGCUGCACCAGGCAUCUUCCACGCGCGCUCCAGCUAUCGCCGCCGGCUCCCAGAGGCCGUAGGGCGGCGCGCGACACCCGGGAGGCGGGUUGGAGGCUGGCCCUAUGUCCCGCGUUUCCUGCCCCGCCCUCAGCUUGUGACACUGAGAAAGUGUGUGGCGGGAGGAAAGAUCCGGGUUAGAUAGAUUUCCCUGCAGUUCUGGUGUGGUUGAACCCUGUAAGCCCACAUGUAAGAGGGGGGGGAAAAUGAAGAAAUUAAGGCUCAAGGAACUAGAGAGUCGCCUGCAACAAGUGGAUGGAUUCGAAAAGCCUAAGCUACUUCUAGAACAGUAUCCGACCAGGCCGCACAUUGCAGCAUGUAUGCUUUAUACAAUCCAUAACACAUAUGAUGACAUUGAAAAUAAAGUCGUUGCAGACCUAGGAUGUGGUUGUGGAGUGCUUAGCAUCGGAACUGCAAUGUUAGGAGCAGGGUUGUGUGUUGGAUUUGACAUAGAUGAAGAUGCAUUGGAAAUAUUUAAUAGGAAUGUGGAAGAGUUUGAGUUAACAAAUGUGGAUAUAGUUCAAUGUGAUGUAUGCUCAUUAUCCAACAGAAUGUCUAAGUCUUUUGAUACAGUAAUAAUGAAUCCUCCGUUUGGGACCAAAAAUAAUAAAGGAACAGAUAUGGCUUUUCUAAAGACUGCUUUGGAAAUGGCAAGAACAGCAGUAUAUUCUUUACACAAAUCUUCAACUAGAGAGCAUGUUCAAAAGAAAGCUGCAGAAUGGAAAAUCAAGAUAGAUAUCAUUGCAGAACUUCGAUAUGACCUGCCAGCACUAUACAACUUUCAUAAAAAGAAAUCAGUGGACAUUGAAGUGGACCUAAUUCGGUUUUCUUUUUAAAAGCCUCCAAAGACAAAAAGCAGCUUAAAACCUAACUACAAUGAAUUAAAAAAAAAAAAAAAAUGUAUUCA